AUGACGACGGAAGUGGAUGACAUAACCACGACGGUGGCCCCGAAGCCGAACCUCGUCGAUUUCUAUAUUGGGUUAGGAUUGGCAGUGUCAUCUUCGAUCUUCAUCGGCUCAUCGUUUAUCAUAAAAAAGAAAGCGUUGAUCAAACUGGCAACGGCUAACGGUGCAUAUCGAGCGUCGGAAGGCGGCUACGGGUAUCUCAGGGAAUGGUCCUGGUGGUUGGGCAUUUUAACUAGUAAGUCGAGGGAGUUAGUGGGGCUUUUUUUGAUUUUGGUACUGUUUUCGAAAAUUUGGUACUGCUUUAUAAUUUUUGGUACUAUUUUUAAAUUUUUGGUACUGAUUUUAGAAUUUUAAGGCAGUUUUAAAAAUUUUGGUACAUUUUUAAAUUUUUGAGACAGUUUUGAUACUUUUGGUACUGUUUUUGAAGAUUUACUGUUUUUUUGAGAAUCUUGGUACAAUUUUUUUGGUACCAUUUUUUAAAUUUUUUUUGUUUUUCGUACACUUUUUAAAAUUAUACGGCUGUUUUAAUUAUUUUGGUACUAAUUUAAGUGUCUUUUAUAUUAUUUUGAAUAUUUUGAUCUGUUGGUCUUUUUAAACUUACGUUACACUUUCAAAACUAUGUUUUCACCUUAUUAUCAUUAACAACAUGAUUUCAGUGGGCGUGGGCGAAGCUUGCAAUUUUGCAGCAUACGCAUUUGCACCAGCAUCUCUAGUAACACCAUUGGGAGCACUAAGUGUACUAGUAACGUAAGUCAAUAUUAUUUGUUAUUAUUCUGCUUUUAGGGCGGUGUUAUCGUCGAGAAUGCUGAAAGAACGUCUAAAUUUGUUAGGCAAAAUUGGCUGUGCUAUUUGUUUGUUAGGCUCAACAACAAUCGUUAUUCAUUCACCGAAAGAGGAGGAGGUAUCCACCAUGGAGGACUUGGCACUCAAAAUGAAGGAUGCAGGUGAGGAGGGGCGAAUGGAAGAAGCUAAUAGGUUGUUCAAUUUAUCCUGUGUUCCCACUCAAAGCAAAUUAUUGAGGUUUAAUUGUGCUGCCGUUUUCAGUAUUCAUCCUCUACGUAACAGCAGUUAUUAUCCUCGUCUUGGCCAUCAUAGUCUAUGUGGCACCGAAGUACGGCCGCUCUAACAUACUUGUCUUCAUUGCCGUUUGCUCACUAAUGGGAUCGUUAUCAGUGAUAUCAGUGAAAGGCCUGGGACUAGCGAUCAAAGAAACGCUGGGCGGGAAACAACAGCUCACCAACUCGUUGACCUGGUUCUGGUUAAUAUCCGUCGCGAUUUGUAUAUCUGUUCAAAUGGUAAGGAUUUUGAAAAAAAUUACAUUUUUUCUAUUUUCCUACGUCUCUAUCACUAUUUCGACUUCUACGUCUUCUCUAAUGUAAUUUUUUUCUCCAGAUAUACCUAAACAAAUCGCUGGACAUUUACAACACGUCGAUGGUAACCCCCAUCUACUAUGUCUUCUUCACCACCCUCGUCAUUCUGGCCUCAGGCAUCCUCUACAAAGAGUGGUCGUGCCUCGGCGCCUCCGACAUCAUAGGCAACGUGAUAGGUUUCCUCACCACAAUCAUCGGCAUCUUCCAGAUGCAACUGUUCCGCGAUGUCGAGUUACCGAUCCGAAGGUUCCGCCUCCUCGUCCACAACCAAUCCUUAUCAGUAAAUCAACUGGACCUACUAGACUCGACCCAAUCCCUGGUCGAUUACUACGACCAAAACAAUCCAGACGCCGCGCCCCGUGACUACCGUUCUCGCUCACAGCUCACCGAAGACGCAUAG